AUGGAGUCAGAGUACAUCGCAUGUUCGGCAGCUGUACAGGAGGCCGUUUGGCUCAGGAGGUUCUUGCAGAGACUUAGCGUUUCUGCUCACUUAGACGACGCUGUGCUUAUACACUGUGACAGCACGGUGGCGCUUGCAUUUGCGAAGGACCCCAAUGCUGCAGACGAAUUUAUAAUGUCUUCAGUACAUGCAAUGGAACCUAGUAAUAGUGUUCUUGUAUUAUGUACGACUGGAAGAAAUACAAAAGCCAAUUUUGGCACUGUGGAAUAUUCUGAGAAUGAUACAUAUACUUUGAGAAUUGAUAGGAGUUUCACGUAUGAUCGCUUUAACCUCAUCGAUUAUCUGUUUGAGUCUAAAAUUGUGAACAUGUUCAUUUACAAAGAAGAUGUAUUUAUGCAUGGGUUAUCACAAAUGGCAAGUACAUCAUCAGAAGAAGUGAGUCAUAGGGAUGGAAUUGUGCAAAGAUCAUCGAUUAUGCUGAUAAUUGUACAAAGAUCAUCAAUUAUGGUGAGAUCUGACCAAGUCAAUAGGAUGCCUUCAUUUUGGUCCAAUAUGCUUGAAGGUGAUGGUCAGAUAUUUGAUAGGGCAGUUGAUUUCAAGAAAUCAGUUGCUAAUUAUGCUAUUGCUCAUAAAUUUGGAUAUCGUAUGAAACGGAGUGACCCAAACAUGGUUAAGGCAGUGUGUGGCUUACAUAGUUGUGGUUGGUAUGUUUGUGCAAGUAUUAUUCGUAAUACAGGCUAUUUUCAAGUUUACAAAUCCAACUUGCAACAUUCUCAUCCAGCUGGUUAUAGCACCCAACAAAAGACAAAGGUUCCAAAGACACUAAUUGCUGAUGUAAUACUCGAUAAAUUACGCGAUAAUCCGAAAUAUCAUCCUGUGGAGGUUGUUCGAGAUAUAAGCAGGGAGUAUGGUGCUAGUUAUCAUACCAACAAGCAUGGAGAUGUAGAGAGUUGGCCACAAGUUUGUUGUAGACGUUUGCUUGUGCUUGAUGGGACAUUCAUGACUUCAAAAUAUAAAUGUACAUUGCUUGUUGCUUCUGCAUAUGAUGCAGAUGCUGGAAUGCUACCAGUUGCAUUUGGUGUUGUCCCGUUUGAAUCAAUUGAUAAUUGGGAAUGGUAUUUGACUCAAUUGAUACAUGCAUUGCAAUAUGAGGUGGGAGAUGAGUUCGUCUUCAUAUCUGAUCAGCACAUUGGUAUUGUACAAGGCCUACAACAUAUCUUUCCUAGUUGUUCCCAUGCUCAUUGCCUACGCUACUUGAAAGAGAACAUUAAAAAGUACCUAAAGGGUCGCUACAGUCAGUCGUAUAAGGCAGCUAUUGAAGCACAAUUGGACAAGAUUACAUAUUCACGCAAGAUGCGUGAUUAUGAGAAAAAUAUGGAGGUCAUGCAUAGGAUGAAUCGUUCUGCUCAUCAGUGGGUGAUCCAAGCACAACCAGAAAUUUGGGUGAUUGCUUUAUUCAAAGGAAACUGA